AUGCAGUGCAAGCAUCGCGUGACACUUUCGUCUUCACGCCCACCCGGCAAGAAGCGCCGGUACACGCCCGAAGACCUGGAGCAAGCAGUCCAGGAGGUCGUUGGUGGAAUGCGUGGGACAGAAGUCGCUCACGCUGCCAACAUUCCGUACGAAGUUGUCAUGCGCAGGAUUAGACUCAUCAAGCCCGGCAAGGAAGUCGUCGUCCAACGCCGUGGACCAAAACCAACCCUCGCGAAGUCAUGUGAGGAAGACCUGGUGGCAUGGAUUUCGGGGAUGCAAUCCCGAGGUUACCCAACUAGCCACUAUACCAUUUUGGUCAAGCUUGGACCCUCUUGGAUCCCUGACGGGUGGCUGGUCAUAUGGUCCGCCCGAAACAGCAUCGACGAAGCAGGAGUGGCGCUGUUGUUCGACUCCAUGGGCGAAGCGAUGAAGGAGCACAACUGUUGA